AUGGACCAUCUUAUUGGCGAAAACCCUGAUCUAUGGGGGGUAAUUCUAGAUGGCCCAACCAUACCUAUGAAAGUAGCAACUGAUGGAAUCACCAAAAUCCCAAAAGAAAGAAAGGAAUGGAAUGUUGAAGACAAGCUUGCAAUUAAAAAAAAUGCCAAAGCUAAGAAAAUUCUGAUAUGUGGCAUAGGACCAGACGAAUAUAAUCAAAUCUCAUCAUGUCAAGAUGCCAAAGCCAUAUGGGAAACACUGCAAACAGCUCAUGAGGGAACAACGCAAGUCAAGAAGUCUAAAAUUGAUAACUUGAACAGGCAAUAUGAGCUGUUCAGGAUGGCAGAAGGAGAGACUAUUUAA